UUUGUAAAAUUCACUGAAUUUUCCUCGAUAAUUAUUUUUUAUUUUGAUGUUAGAGAGGAAGUGUGCUUGCUUUAAUCUUACGACCUUGACCGUAGCGGAAGUGAGCGACUAAACUGGUGAUUACGGAAAUAACUGCUUAGCCACAAUCAAAUAAAUAAAGGAUUAAUAUCGAGUCAUCACCUGGUGUAAAGCCCGUCACACUGUCCACAAUGUCCAGGCAAUCCAACCGAACAACAGACAGCAAGAAGAUGAACUCUGAGCUGUUCACGCUGACUUAUGGCGCUCUGGUCACCCAGCUCUGCAAAGACUAUGAGAACGACGAGGAAGUCAAUAAACAGUUGGACAAGAUGGGUUAUAACAUCGGGGUGCGUCUGAUAGAAGACUUCCUGGCACGCUCCAGCAUCGGCAGGUGUCAGGAUUUCCGAGAAACAGCCGAUGUCAUUGCUAAGGUUGCGUUUAAGAUGUACCUGGGAGUCACCCCCAGCGUGACCAACUGGAGCCCAGCGGGAGACGAAUUCUCCCUCAUCCUAGAGAAUAACCCACUGGUUGACUUUGUGGAGCUGCCUGAUAACCACAGCACACUGAUCUACUCCAACCUACUGUGUGGGGUCCUCAGAGGAGCCCUGGAGAUGGUCCAGAUGGCGGUGGAUGUGAGAUUUCUCCAAGACACUCUGAGAGGGGACAACGUGACAGAAAUCCGCAUGAAGUUCAUCAAGAGGAUUGAAGAAAACAUCCCAGCAGGAGACGAGUGAUGGAAACACUUUCAUCAAGUUCUUUGUCUAAUUUCAGGAGGAUUAAGUUAUGCACGGAAAAACACUUCACACACAGACUGAAAAGAUGAAGGAACUGAACUCGAAACAUUGAUCGUGUUACGUCUCAAUAGCUCAACAUAUUUUUUUUUUUCUUUGCAACCCUGUAUGUUUGAGAGUUGGAAUAUUUGAUAUAAACAGCAGAGUAUUGAUUACUCACUCAAGAAUCAUGGCGGAAAUUGAGACACUUCCUCAAUUCCUACUAUCUUCAUCUUCUGUUAUCUUUUCUAUCUCUUGUGAGGAGUUGAUGUGAGGAAGACUAUUGUGAUCCAGGUGAAAAGGAACACUGAACACUAUUGAAACACAACACAAUAACAUGGCUUUGCUACCUUGAGUAAUUUGUGGAUUUAAAAAAAAAUCUCAGCACUGAUCUGUGGUCCAGUUUAAGGGGGAAAGUUUCUUCAUUUUGCAGGCUCUUUAAUUUUAUACUUAUUUCCUUGGGGUGUUCUGUGUAAUCUGGCAGAAUUUAAUGGUAGAUUGUGAAGACAUUAUACAGAAAAGGGCACAGUUUGGUACAAAUUAUGAAAGAGACCCCAAAAAGGUGUUAAUUUGCAAAAAUAAAUAAACACAUCAACAUAGUAGUAGUCUUUCUUAAAAGUCUAUGAUGACAUUUCCUAAAUUACUCACAUAGCUCUGUCAAAGAAAUGUCUUAAGUAUGAACAGUCACACAGCAGUUACAUGGUUAAAAAUGUCCUGGAAAUUAGCAGGAAACUCCACACUGAAAAGUAUUUUCUGCUGUUUAACUAUUGUAAAUAGCCUAAUUUAUCCACAUUUUUGCAAAGUAACAUCUACAGACUGCAAACUGUGUCUUACCUAUAUAUAUACCUGCAAAUUACACAGAAAAUUUCCAUGAAAUCAGUAUGUGUUUAAAUGACAGGUGUCACUAUAGAGGGGGAACUAAUAUCCAUUACUGUUGAUCUGUCACCCACCCACAUGGAAAGUCAUCCUUUUUUCUUUAAUUCAUAGUAAAGUUUGUCUUGUAUCUUGACAAAAUUGUGUGUUUUCAUUUUGACAUGUACCAACUGUUGGUGCAAGGAUGGAAUACCUUACUGUACAUCAAAAUGUUUUUAUGUUUGUUUUUAUGUUUUCUUUUUGUUUUUUCUCUCUUUUUUUUUAAAUGAAGUCACAUUCUAUAUUGCUGCCAAUUGUCUGGCAUGUUAAAUUAAUGCAGAUGUCAAAUAAAUGUGACAU